AUGUCGAACAUAUCAGAGGAACAAGCUAAUUCCUUGGUACAACUGAAAGAAUGGUUAAAGGGACAGCCACACCUGCCACAGAAUUUAGACGAGCAUCUCCUACUACGUUUCGCUCACAGCUGUUACUACGACAUGGACAAAGCCAAGACAACAGUGGAAACAUUUUUCACAAUGAGAAAUACGUGUUCAGAUCUAUUAACAAACAGAGAUCCAAACUCGCAUCACAUGCAGAAGAUAUUGAAAGUUAUUAAUCUAGGACAAUACGUAUUAUCAGAUAACAGAUGUCUAUGGCUGUGGCAGAUCAAUGACCCCGGUCUCGAAUCCUACGACUAUACAUUAGAUGCCAAGUUAUUCUUCCUAUCAACCGACGCGUUCUUCUUGAGCGACAGACAUUUGUAUGAAUCGGACGUCGUAUUGAUGGAUGUCAAGGAUAUAUCGUUGAAGUUCGUAACGAAAAUGAAUUUAUCAGUAGCUAGAAAACUGGCGAAAUAUCAGGAGGACGCGAUCCCAAUAAGACUGAAACAGGUGCAUGUGAUAAACGCUCCAUCGGUUAUAGAUAAGAUAUAUGGAGUCCUAAAGCCUUUUAUGAAAAAAGAAAACACGGAAAUGAUACAUUUCCACUCGCCCAAAUCUGAAACAUUAUACAAAUAUAUAAAGAAAGAAGACUUGCCAGAAGAUUAUGGUGGUUCGAAGCCUUCAAUGGCGGAGUUAACGGAGAAUAGUCUGGAAUUAAUUAUGAAUAACAGGGAACAAUUAUUGGAUGAAAAUCUAUGGAGACUGAAAAAGAAUGAGCCGUCCACAGAAGUAGGCUCUUUUAGGAAACUAGCUAUAGAUUAA